CACAAUGGCCACCGCAUACAUCCGCAUCGUCCCACUACUCCUAUCAGCAAUCUCUGUAGCUAUUGCCGCCGCUCCUUCUCCCAACGGCAAUGGCAGUGAUACAGACCUUGCCGCUCUGCUGGUUUUCAAAGCCCAUCUCUCCGACCCUCUCGGUGUCCUCUCCGGCAACUGGACAACCAGCACAUCAUUCUGCCACUGGGUCGGCGUCUCGUGCAGCCGACAUAGGCAGCGCGUCAUCGCUCUGUCGCUGCCGGAUACACCACUCUACGGACCCAUCACACCUCACCUUGGUAAUCUCUCUUUCCUCUCUGUCCUUAAUCUCAACAACACCAACAUCACAGGCUCUAUCCCUCAUGAUUUAGGCAGCCUACGUCGCCUCAAGUUCCUGCAACUUGCCAACAAUGGCCUGUCUGGUAGCAUCCCUCCUGCUAUAGGAAACCUCACGAGUCUUCAACAUCUUAACCUAAAGUUGAACCAAAUUUCCGGUUCAAUCCCGCCAGAGCUACGAAACCUGCACAAUCUUGCGUACAUAAAUCUCAUGAAAAAUUACAUUAGUGGCGCUAUGCCCACCGACAUGUUUAACAAUACCCCAAGGUUAACUUAUUUAAACUUGGACAACAACUCCCUGUCAGGAUCAAUACCAUCCAGCAUUGGCUCCCUGCCAGUGCUUCAGUACCUUUAUGUAAGCGAGAAUCAUCUCACUGGCCUAGUGCCUCCGGCCAUUUUCAACAUGUCUAAACUACAGUCUAUCAUUCUUACCCAUAACGAUAAUUUAACUGGUUCUUUCCCUACCAAUGCAAGUUUCAACCUCCUGAUGCUACAAGUUCUUAGCAUGGGACAAAACAAUUUCACAGGCCAGAUUCCACUGGGACUUGCAUCUUGUCAAUACCUCAAAGUUAUUUCCUUGUCCAUUAAUUCACUUGAGGGAGUUGUGCCAAUAUGGCUAGGCAAGUUACCUCGUCUCAUAUGGAUUGCCAUAGGCGAGAAUAACUUUGUUGGGUCAAUCCCUAGUACACUCAGCAACCUCACUUCGAUGAAUCUCCUUGAUCUCGGAUCCUGCAAGUUAACAGGUGCCAUUCCACCAGAACUCGGACAGUUGAGUGAACUCUCACAACUGAAUCUUUCAGACAACGAGCUAAUAGGACCCAUUCCUCCUUCUCUUGAUAACCUAACUGAACUAGAAAUCCUAUUGUUGGACGAAAACUUGUUGGUAGGAUCAGUACCUAGAACUAUUGGUGACAUGAACUCGUUGGUAAUUCUUGAUAUUUCAACAAACUACCUAAAUGGAGAUCUCAGCUUCUUAUCCAGUUUUUCCAAUGUUCCGAAUCUCCAAUAUCUUAGCAUCAAACUGAAUAACUUUACUGGUAGCUUCCCUAACUAUGUGGGGAAUCUAUCAAGUCAGCUGCAAGUUUUUAUCGCACGUGGAAACCGUUUAGUUGGAGAAAUUUCAACUACGAUUUCAAAUUUAACUAGCCUUUUUCUGCUAGAUCUUUCUGAAAACCAACUUCAUGGUGUAAUUCCACAGUCCAUAAUGAUGGUGGAAAAUCUACAAUGGCUUGACCUUCAUGACAAUAAUUUGUUUGGCUCCAUCCCACAUCAGAUGUCCAUGCUCAAGAAUCUAGACCACUUUUAUCUGUAUAACAAUAAAUUCUCUGGCUCCAUACCAGAGGAUAUUGGUAACCUCACUAAGUUAGAAUUUCUCUCCUUAGAUGGAAACCAAUUAACGUCAACUGUACCAUCAAGUUUGUUUCAAAUAAAGAGCCUAGUGUACCUAGAUCUCUCUCAGAACUCUUUGAACGGUGCAUUACCAUUUGAUAUAGGCUAUUUGGAACAACUUGUUAGCAUGGAUCUCUCUACCAAUAAAUUUGUUGGUAGGUUCCCAGAUUCCAUUGGACAACUCCAGAUGUUAACCUAUUUAAACAUAUCACAAAAUUCCUUCUCUGAUUCAAUUCCCAACUCUUUCAACAAACUAACCAGCUUGACAACUUUGGACCUCUCCCAUAAUGAUCUCUCAGGUACCAUCCCCAAUUACCUGUCUAAUUUUACCAUCCUCACUACUUUGGACCUAUCUUUCAAUAAUCUAGAAGGUCAGAUACCCAACGGAGGUAUCUUCUCAAACAUCAGCCUACAAUCCUUGGUUGGGAACUCAGGUCUUUGUGGUGCUUCACGUAUAGGGUUUUCAACAUGUCCAAGUAGCUCACAAAAAACUAAAGGCGGCAUGCUGAAAAUUUUAAUACCUACCAUCAUUAUAGUGAUUGGUGUGCUAGCUUCCUGCGCAUAUGUGAUGUUAAGAAAGAAAAGUAAGAAUGAACAAGGAAUUUCUGCUGGUAUUGUUGACUUGGCAAGUCAUCCUUUGGUCUCUUACCAUGAGCUUGCUCGCGCUACAAAUAACUUCAGUGAGAGCAACCAGUUGGGUUCAGGGAGCUUUGGAAAAGUUUUCAAGGGAGAGCUAAACUGCGGUUUGGUGGUUGCAAUAAAAGUCCUGAACAUGCAGCUGGAGCAGGGCAUGAGAAGCUUCGAUGUCGAGUGCCAUGUGCUCCGUAUGGCGCGACAUCGCAACCUGAUAAGGAUACUCAACACAUGUUCCAACCUGGACUUCAUAGCACUUGUGCUUCAGUACAUGCCCAACGGCACCUUAGAUUAUCUCCUGCACGACUCUCAAAGCACAAGGCACUUGGGGUUAUUCGAGAGGCUAGACGUCAUGAUAGAUGUGGCUAUGGCCAUGGAGUAUCUGCACCAUGAGCACUAUGAGGUGGUCUUGCACUGUGACUUGAAGCCCAACAAUGUGUUGUUUGACGAGGACAUGACCGCACAUGUAGCAGACUUUGGCAUCGCAAGGUUGUUACUAGGUGAUCAGACCUCUGUGAUCUCUGAGAGCAUGCCUGGGACAGUUGGGUACAUGGCACCAGAGUAUGGAUUGCUUGGCAAAGCAUCACGAAAGAGCGACGUCUUCAGCUAUGGCAUCAUUCUUCUUGAAGUCUUUACUAGAAGGAGACCCACGGAUGCCAUUUUCGUUGGGAAUCUAACCUUGAGACAGUGGGUUUUUGAGGCGUUCCCCACUGAGCUUGUCCAUAUUGUGGAUGGCGACCUACUGCAAGAACCUUCUUCUAGCUGCAGCUUGGAAGAUUUUCUUGUGCCGAUAUUUGAGCUAGGUUUGCUGUGCUCUAGCGAGUUACCUGACCAAAGGACGACGAUGACGGAUGUGGUCGUGAAGCUGAAGAAGAUCAAAGUGGAGUAUACCAAAUGGAGGGAAACCCAAUGAUUGGGUACAUCAUAUGCAUGGAUAUGGUCUUUUGCUCUUCAGCGCUAAGAACAACAUUGGCUGCUACAAAGAAGCCACCUAAUUCCACAGUUACGUGUUCUCUUGUUAAAGACAUCUGGGCACAAAAUGAGAACUUUGGCACUAAUAUUCAUAAGCUUUUGUACUGUAAAACAUAGAGCGAGUUGCCGCUUCCAUCUAGCUAGCUAUGUAAUUUGUCCUGUUUUUCGUUCCUACCUCUAUAUAUUCUGUUGCCAUUCUGUUGUAAAAAGAAACAGGUUACAUAACUGUUCUUGCACGUCGUGCAAUUUCAAUAUC